CUGGAGGAGUUUGGUAGACAUUACACUGAGAAGCCUACUCCUACAACAACACUUGAUGAUCUUGGCCGAAAGAACUAUAAUCCUUCUUCUAAUCAUGCAACCACUUCUGUCGUGACCACCAGUACUAUAGUACCCAGCACAGUUGUACUACUACAAGUACAACAGCCUCUUCAACACGACUUUUCGUCACAACAACCACGAGCACAAGCGCAUGCUCUCGUAGAAACAGCAACCAAGCUGUGCCCCUCGUUUCUACGAGAGCAAAUGCCUGGCGUAUAUUGCUUUGCGCAGAGGACGGGCCUUCCUGAGAAUAUCUGCGGGAGCAAGCCUGAAUUGAUCGCGCUGUAUCAGAAGUAUGAAGUCUUACAGUGGAGUCAUGUAUUGUGUAAUGCGGCGAAAUACGAAGUCCAGUGGAAUCAUGUAGUGUGUAAUGCGGAGGGGAACAAUGGCUCCUAUUCCUGUGGUGCUGAAGAUGACGAUGUUCCUUUUGGAGCGACAACAACUGCAAGUCCUGUGGAUGAAUCGUUGCAGGCGCCCUCAUCCUCAUCUUCAAACUCAUUCUCAUCUUCAAACUCAUCCUCAUCCUCGAACUCAUCCUCAUCUUCCAGCACAAGAAGUAGCUGUUCUAACUCACCCUUCUCAUCCGCCGCAAUCAGGAUGAGGAAAAGGAAUAGUUUUGCUCCGGGAAGAACAAGAAGGAGUCCAAGUACUAGAGCGACAGCAACAAGUGAAGGCACUGGUACUGAACAAGGCGCCGCCACCACGUCUAAUAUCACAGGGUCCACCCCAUUUUCUUCUUCGGGUUUUCAUGGCGGUCCUCGUCGGGAAGUAGUGCAACUAGUAUCUUCAUCAGAAGAUGGAACGAGUAUUAGCAAGAGCACCAGUGAGCUUUUACUCAUGAAGAUUAUGGCGAUUCUUCCACAUGAGCAUCGACACCUCGGAGAAGGAAAUCCCUCAGGAUGUCAGCAAGGACGCCUACAAGCAAGAGAAACCUUACAAUCAUCACGUUGUUCCUGCAUGGAACAGCUAGAACGCAUGUUGCGUGGUGACAUAAUAUCUUCGAUGCAAGAACAGGACAGCGCUUCAUCAUCUAGUUUACUAAAUGAAGAAAGCCUUUUCCUUCUUCGCGGGGCGGGUAUCGGCAUAUCAGAGAAUCAUAUUGCAUUUUCUUCAUCUUCUAGUUCUUCAUCUUCCUCCACCUCUGGUCACUCGUCGUACAACUUGGAACCUCCACUUCUGGAAGGGCAAGGACAAGAUGAAGUACCUCGGCUAAUAGGCUUAGAAGUACCAUCUUCAGACUCGUCAUCCGAUGAAGACGGCGAUGCACAAGCUGAAGCUGAGCACAUUAUUGAGCGUCUGCAGAGUGCGCUAAAGGCGCGACAAAGAGACAUACAUGUAGAACCAUAUACCCACCUUUUGAAGAUUUCUGAUGACAGAGGUUGCAGGUCUAUGUUGAUUUGAGAUUUUAGUCGAGAUGAAGCCUAUUCUUAGUAGGUAAAAAGAUACAACUCCUCUGUAGAGGUGAUGGCGAGGGAAAUUCUCAUGAGGACCAACGCGGUCAUAGAAGAUACAACUUCUCUGUAUCGUCUAUUUUUGUGAUAUUGGUUUCGCUCUAACUCUAUGAUCGUGGUUUAUUAGAUUGAUAAAAACCGUAACCGACUCAUUAGAGUUGAUUCGCAAUCUUGCUAUGUGUUUGUAUUAUAAUUUUCACUGGUAGAAGUGCUUCAGCUGAGCUGCUAUUAAUAUCAUAUUCAACAUCUUUGUUCUUAUUGUAGUUUCUUGACGCAAUCUUGAUAGUUCCACUUCCAUUCAUCGGUCCCAUGUGAAAAAUUAAGACUAGUCUCUCAAAUCUAAUGACGAAGAUAACGACUAGGACUACUCUCCUAGUACGCGACUUGCAGCUAUGUUAUCCUCGGAGCAACAUCAAGAGCAAGUGCAAACUAUGACUAAAUCUACUUACUUAUAUUAUGAGUUUAUUAACGAGUAUGCUGUUCUUGCUGCUCUAGUAUUCGAAGACAACUAUGUUCAAGUAUUUGAUGUUUUAGCUCUAGAUGAUGUAGCUACACAUUCAUACUUUUGCGUACUUUUGUCUGCAACGAGGACAACAUUGAGAGGUCAAGAAGAUACAAGAACCCAAAUGACUGAGUGUAGUUUCUUUUAAGGCUAGUCACUGACUCGCUAUCUACUAGGUUGAGCUAUAAUAUUAAAGAGCUUUUACUUGACUUCGAGGCCCUCUGAGUGAAUGAGUGAACCGCUCUGUUGGUCUUCAAGUUUGAU